GCUGCAUGUCUUGAGACUAUCAAACCUUUCUACGCUUCACUUGCCAUUACUUGAACUUUACUCUCCCAGAAUCCGUCAGUUUACCACCAUCACUAUGCCCUCGUCUGACUUGAUGGAAGCGCUCAAGGCAUUUGGCCCUAUCGACGGCCCCAAUGCAAGCGACACAGGGCCAUGGGACCUGGAUGCCACCCGCACCUCCAAACCGGAGGCCGCAGCCCGCCUGCAGCAAACUCUAGCUCAAAACCGGCCCUCGCCCUAUACACAUAACCCACAAACACACCCGCCGCGGGACAGUCGUAUACAGUAUUAUGAUGCAACGCGCACCACUGAUCCCGAAGAGCAUCGGAAGAUCAUCUCAGUCGUGGAUCCUGGGCGGGAUGUGGACACUGGAGUCGGGGCAAGAACUAAGGCAGUCGUAGAGGGUGCGAAGGACGCUGCUAGGGACGGAGUUGAGAAGGUUAAGAACAUUGCUGAGGAAGGGGUAGAGAAGGCUAAGAAUAUCGCUGGAGGAGUUGUUGACAAGGCCAAGGAAGUUUGGAAUGAAGGAAGGAGCAAGUUGUAGGUUCGG